UGUCUGCCAUUUUUCUGCAAUGAGCUAUACAGCCUCCAACAUGGAAAAUGUGUAGAGAUGUUCGAUUCCGUUAUAGGCGUCACUUACAAUUUAUAUCUCCGAAUUGUCCCUCUUUCAGCUGUUACUGUUUCUGAAGCUUAUUCAAUGACUGAAGACAUUCUCGACAAUAUGAGCACGGAUGUUUUUGGCAAGUCUAUUCCUAAAUCUAUAACAACUACUGCAUGUGGUGUUCAUGUUCUAUAUAGAGCAAACGUUUCUUUCAAAGCUGAUAACAUUUCUGCGAUUACUGGGGAGAGUGAUUUACUGAGUAUAGAUGCACGUUUCAAAUUGACGGUAGGUCAGAAUGAUCCGUACGAGACUGCAAACAUUCUGAAUUCUAUUGACAUGUAUAAUAUUUCUUCUAGACACGGUUCGAGAAAGAUUCUUUUCAAAAUUAUUGUACAAGAUGAUAGUUUAAAUUUUGCAUACGAUAUCGUAAGCAUGUUGUCAGAGUUAAGCUUUGGACAAUCCUUUACACCAUUACAUUUCCUUAUUCGUCAUGCUGCAAGGGGCAUUGAUGGAUUUGCUAUAAUUCCUUAUAUACGAUACAGUACAAACUUCUGUACAAACUCUAGAGAGUUAAAUGCCGCGGCAAUUCGUAAAUGUACCAUGGUGAAACUUGCAAUCAAAGGAACAUCUACCAGACAAGAAAAUAAUACAAACAUAUUUAUGUAUAAAAACUUUCCUUUCCUUCAAACAGAGUUUAAUUUUGAUAGUAAUACAACAAUCAGAGUCUGCGUCGAGGCUUUUCUUCGUUUUCUAAAACAAAAUCGUAAUGGACUGGCCAAUAUAGAUUCAGCAGACGACACUUUGGAACUUUUAUCUAUUUUAUGCAUCUCUAUUUCUAUCGCCUGUCUCUCUAUUACACUGUUCACGUUUAUGUUGUUUCCAACGUUACGAACAUUUCCGGGUAUGAAUACUGUCUCUCUUUCUUUGUUUUUAUUGUUGGCCCAGUCAUUAUAUCUUAUAGGAAGCUUUGGUGGAAUCGAAAUUGAGACGGUCUGGUGUAAAGUACUGGGUAUGUUAAUUCAUUUCUUUUGGCUAACAGCUAUGUUUUGGAUGAACAUUUGCACGUUUCACAUGUUUCAAGUACUGACUCAUACACGAGCCAGAUCUGCUAAGAGGUGGAACACAUUCGUCGUGUAUCACAUAUAUGCGUUUGCAUUAUCAAGUGCUUGUGUUGGUGUCAACGUCGGAGUUUCGUGGUAUUUUACCGAAAGCAUUGGCUACGGACAAAACAUAUGUUACAUUUCAACAGAAUUAAUGAAAACGUACACAUUUGGUCUCCCUGUCUUACUGGUUGUUCUUGCAAAUGUAGCCAUGUUUUCUGCUGUUAUAAUAUCAGUUAAACGAAAGUCAUCUAUUCAUCAAACAUCUUCAGUCGAGCGCAAUGACUUUCUGAUCUUCAUUAAAUUGUCCUCACUGACUGGCUUCACCUGGCUAUUUGGAUUCAUAUUUUACUGGACAGAAUUAUCGGUCUUUUCCUACAUCUUUACUCUUCUUAACAGCUCCCAAGGUGUAUUCCUGAUGCUUUCAUUUGUUAUCAAUAGAAGAAUUUUUGAUUUAUAUAAAAUCAGUUUUCACAAUUUCGGAAAGCCACAUCUUAGUGUAUCAGGAACUAAAACAUAUAAGGUUAGAACUCAUGGAGAUGACAGUAGAUCAUCUGCAGACAAUUGCAAUCUUACACGGCAGAAUAGACCGACCGGAAGCUCUGGUACCAGUCAGACAUCCUCUCUAUAAUCAACAAUGUUGGUACAAGCAGAAAAAAAUGGUAUGAAGGAGAUAUCAGAAGAUAAACAUCUAUUAGUAUUCUUUGAAAUAGUGGAAUUUCUUCAACGGAUCAAUUAUUGUUUGUCAAAAAUAAAAGUUCAGAUAGUAUACACUUUAAAACUUGAAUGAUGAGAUUGCUAAAUCCAGAUGGCAAAAAAGUCUAGGAAAGGGUGAUCGCCUGGAAGCAGUGAAACAAGCUGUUUAAGUUUUUGCAUACUUGUUUAGAACUGUAUGAACUAUAUCUACAUAAUUAUUAUUGAAGAUAUAGCAACGUCAUAAAUAUAUAUUACAAAUCUGACCGGUUUUCUGAACACACUCUUUCUAUUGUAUCAAAAUUGAGAAAAACUUGUUUAAAAAGAAAUAACUUUUUUUAAAACAUGCUUUUCUUUGCUUUUUGCUUGAUAAUAUUUCAAACAUAUGGUUCAUUUUUACCACUUCCAUUAGUUGAAAUAAAGAAAUACCGGAAGCAUUAAAAACAGCAAAAUUACAUGAAAAUUGCAGACUCGGUUUGAUUGGGUCUGUAAAAGAGGGAUAAUGAAUAAGUGCAACAUCAAUCAUGUCCCCUAGCGCCGGGUUGAGCGGUACUCAAUUCUCAACACUUAAAAGUGCUGGACUCAAUGAUCUUGAAGGACCAGAA